CCACAAAGAUGUCAAAGCAACAACAACUAAUAAUCGAAGAAUGGAACGGAUCUUCCUCUACCAAGCUUUCCAAAACCAACACCAUCACUCUCUCCCCUGCUUUCCAAAUCCAAAGACCAGUUAAUGGUUUCAAUCAUGUUUGGAGACGAUUCUUCGAUGCUUUUGUCCCCGAGGGUUUCCCAGAUAGUGUGACUCCAGAUUAUGUCCCUUUUCAAGUAUGGGACUCUUUGCAAAAAUUAGCAAUCCUUACUAAAGUUUCAAUAUGUAGUAUAAGAACAAUGCUUUCGACACAAGCACUUUUGAGCGCUAUUGGAGUUGGUGGGACAUCCGCGACUAUUAUCGGUGCAACUUUUCAGUGGUUAUUGAAAGAUCUAACGGGAAUGCUCGAAGGCAUAUUAUUCACACUUUACCAGGGAUCAAAUCUUGAUAGUAAUACUAAAAUGUGGUGUUUGGUUGCAGAUCUCAUGAAUGAUUUAGGAAUGUUGAUGGAUCUUCUUUCCACUUUGUUCCCUUCAGCCUUUAUUUUCAUUGUUUGCUUAGGAAGCUUGUCGAGAUCAUUUAGUAACGAGAUAUGUAACUAUGGUGUUGUCAGUGGAGCAACCAGAGCUGCUAUCACACAACAUUUUGCCCUCCCAAAUAAUGCAGCAUAUAUAUCCUUUAAGGAAGGAAACCAAGAGACCAUGGCAACAAUGAUUGGCAUGGCAUUGGGAAUGCUUCUUGCUCGAAUUACUACCGAAAACCCGCUCGCCAUUUGGUUCUCUUUUCUCUCUCUGACAAUGUUCCAUAUGUAUGCAAAUUACAAAGCUGUCAGGUGCCUAGCUUUAGACUCGCUGAACUUCGAAAGGAGCUCGAUUCUUCUGCGACAUUUCAUAGAAUCUGGCCAAGUUCUCUCUCCUAAACAAGGCUCAACCAUGGAGCAUGUUUUGCCCUUGUGGACCACUCUGAAGUCAUCAAGGACUGCUAAGCCCCUGCACGUAAAAGUAAAACUAGGAUGAAGGGUCUCCACUCUUGAUCACCUAGAA